AUGGACUUGACCAUGGAUUUAUCAAUUCGUAAACCGCAACAACAACAAUCGCCUAUUGCACCAUCACGGCCAAUUCUUAACCCAGCAGCACCGUCUAGUAUGUUACAAGGUUCAGCUGGUCGAAAUUCACCACUACUACUACCUCCACCAGCACCAGCACCAACAACAGCUUCUCCUUCGCUUUCCCAUACGCCUGUGCAUCAACAGCAGAUAAAACAACAAUCUCAAUCAUAUGUUCCAAUUCCACCAGCUGUUCAACAACAAUUAAAUCAAGUUCAACAACGUGUUAUGCAACAAACGAAGUAUGUUCAAUUACUUAAUGUUAUUGAAGAAAUGGGUAAAGAUAUUAAACCAACAUAUGCGGGCAAUAAAAAUUCAGCUGAACGUUUACGGCGUGCGAUUGCAUCAGCUCGUGUUCUGGUUCGAGAAUGUCAACUUGAAUGUGAUCGAAAUAGUCGACCUUGA